GCUUUGCUUCCAUCGUUUUCAACCUCACCCGUGCAGUUCAAUUUCAUUGUUUUGUUUCCUGUGAUCAUAUUCAAUAUAUAAUAAACUCACUUCACGAAUAGCGCAGACAAACAUAGCCCAAACAAAGACACGCUAGACAUGUUCGAAAUUUAACCCCUCACAUUUUCCCGGCAAAAUCCCUAACUGAAACGUUGAAAUGACCAAAGUACCCCUAUUCAUGAUGAAAUUUCCCUUAUAUUUGUUUCUCUUACUCAGCAUCACACUACCCUCUCAAGUAAUUUCACAAACCGAACAAACAAUCCUACUCAGCCUCAAACGGGAACUGGGGGACCCACCCUCGCUCCAAUCAUGGAAACCGUCGCCGUCGGCGCCGUGCGACUGGCCGGAGAUUCGCUGCGCCGGCGGCGCCGUCACGAAGCUCCUCCUCUCCGGAAAAGGCAUCACCGCGCAGAACCUCCCCGCCGCCAGAAUCUGCAACCUGAAGCACCUCACCAUGCUCGACCUCUCCGACAACUCCAUCGCCGGCGAGUUGCCGACGACUUUGUACAACUGCUCCAACCUGCGGCACCUUGACCUGUCGCAGAACUACCUCGCCGGAACAAUCCCCGCCGACGUGGACCGCCUCAAAACCCUAACUCACCUCAACCUCGGCGGCAACUCCUUCUCCGGCGAGAUUCCGGCGGCGAUCGGAAACCUGCCGGAGCUUCAGACACUGCAGCUUUUCACUAACCCCUUCAACGGAACAAUCCCAAGGGAAAUCGGUAGCUUGUCCAAUCUCGAAUAUUUAGGUUUGGCUUAUAACGUUAAACUCUCUCCGGCGAAAAUCCCGUUGGAGUUUGCUAAGUUAAGAAAAUUGAGGGUUAUGUGGAUGACGAAGUGUAACUUAAUCGGAGAGAUUCCGGAAUCUUUCGGGAAUCUCACGAAUCUGGAACGGUUGGAUUUGUCGGUAAACAAUUUAACAGGGAGAAUUCCUAGGAGUUUGUUCUCGCUUAGAAAGUUGAAGUUUUUAUACCUGUUUCUUAAUGGGUUGUCGGGUGUGAUACCUAGUACGAUGCAGUGUUUGGAUUUAAUAGAUGUUGAUUUGGCUAGGAACAAUUUAACAGGUUUUAUACCACGAGAGUUUGGGAAGUUGAAGAGUUUGAGCACCUUGCACUUGUAUUCGAAUCAGUUAUCUGGUGAGAUUCCCAUUAGUAUAAGCCUAAUUCCUAGUCUUAAGUAUUUCAGGGUUUAUGGGAAUAACUUGAGUGGAACACUGCCUCCGGAGCUAGGCUUGCAUUCGAGGCUUAUUGCGUUUGAAUUUUCUGAGAAUCAAAUCAGUGGUGGGUUACCGGAACAUUUAUGUGACGGCGGUGUUCUUAUGGGUGUGGUUGCUUUUUCGAACAAUCUUAGUGGGGUUUUGCCUGAAUGGCUUGGGAAUUGUCCUUCUCUGGCUACGGUUCAGGUUUUUGAUAACAAGUUUUGGGGGGAGGUUCCUUUGGGCUUGUGGACUUCCAGGAACCUUUCUUCUUUGAUUCUGAGCAAUAACUCGUUUUCUGGCGAACUUCCGAGGAAACUGUUUCGGAAUCUGACGAGGCUUGAGAUCGGGAACAACAGGUUUUCGGGAAGGAUAUCUGUUGGGAUUACUUCAGCUUCGAAUCUGGUGUUUUUUGAUGCAAGAAACAACAUGCUCUCGGGUGAAAUUCCGAGGGAAUUGACGCGUCUUUCUCGGCUUAGUACUCUCAAGCUUGAUGGUAAUCAACUUUCUGGUGCAAUUCCUUCUGAGAUUGUUUCGUGGCAAUCACUGAGUACUAUGACACUCUCCGGAAACAAACUAUCUGGAAAGAUUCCAACAGCUAUGGCUGCUCUUUCUAGCUUGGCUUAUUUGGACUUGUCUCAGAAUGACUUAUCGGGUGAAAUCCCACCUCGGUUUGAACAAUUGAAGCUUGUUUUUCUCAACUUGUCAUCCAACCAACUAUCAGGGAGCAUACCUGAUGAGUUUAAUAACCUGGCAUUUGAAAACAGUUUCUUGAACAAUCCUCAUCUGUGUGCUUACAACCCAAAUCUCAACCUUCCUAACUGCUUCACCAAAACCGAGCCAGACGCCCGCAAAUUGUCUUUCAAGUCACUUGCUCUGAUUCUGGUUGGAACCAUCGUUGUGUUGUUGUUGGUCACAGCCUCCUUGGUCUUGUAUAAGAAGCAAUGGCGCAAAAAGCAGUGCGCGCGUAAGGUUUCAACGUGGAGGCUGACCUCUUUCCAGAAGCUUGAUCUCGGGGAAAUGAACCUCUUCUCAAGUUUGACAGAGAAUAACCUCAUAGGAAGUGGAGGGUUUGGGAAAGUUUACCGGGUUGCUUCAAACCGUCCCGGGGAAUAUGUUGCGGUGAAAAAGAUUUGGAAUCGCAGAGAUGUGGAUGACAAGUUGAUGAAAGAGUUCAUGGCCGAGGUUGAGAUCUUAGGCAAUAUUCGGCACUCGAAUAUAGUGAAGCUUUUGUGCUGUUAUUCAAGUGAGAACUCAAAAGUUCUUGUUUAUGAAUACAUGGAAAAUCAGAGCCUGGACAAAUGGCUUCAUGGGAAGUUGAAAACAUCACCUAAUGGGUUGAGUUGGCCAACGAGGUUGAAUAUUGCCAUUGGGGCUGCACAAGGUCUUUGCUACAUGCACCAUGAAUUCUCACCCCCCAUCAUUCACCGAGAUGUCAAAUCUAGCAAUAUACUGUUGGACUCAGAGUUCAGAGCUAAAAUAGCAGAUUUUGGUCUGGCCAAGAUGUUGACAAAGCCCGGGGAGCCACACACCAUGUCUACUUUAGCAGGCUCUUUUGGCUAUAUUCCACCGGAAUAUGCGUAUUCAACUAAGAUUAACGAGAAAGUUGACGUAUACAGCUUUGGGGUUGUGCUCUUAGAGCUUGUGACGGGAAAAAAGCCUAAUAAAGGAGGCGAGCCUGCAUGCAGCCUAGUUGAUUGGGCGUGGGAUCAUUUUAGUGAAGGGAAGAGCCUUGCUGAUGCAUUCUAUGAGGAUAUCAAAGAUCCACGUUACGAGGAAGAGAUGGCUAGUGUCUUCAAAUUGGGCCUCCUUUGCACAAGAACAUUGCCUUCAACUAGGCCUUCCACGAAGGAUAUUUUGAAAGUUCUUCGUCAUUGUCAUUCAGGUUCUACACGUACAAGAGUGGGACACGAGUUUGAUAUUAAUCCUCUUCUUAGUGAUACAAGGUACAUUUAUAGUUACAAGGAGAGCAAUGCUGCAAGCAAUAACUCAUCUUGGUGAUACAAGUUACUUCUCUAGUUACAAGAAGAGUAUGCUGCAAGUAGAAUUUAAUAAAGCAGCUUGUACGGUUUGUGAAAAGUGUUAUUUUGAAAAGGAUAAACCUACCUUCACUUUA